CCCAUUCUUCGGACAUCGACUGCCGUCGCAACACACAGCGUAAGCCUCCCGUAUGUAAACGUCGCUCAGACCACUCGCUGUGCGGAGCGGCAUCACAUCUCGCUACAUGCGGAGUCCGCCCAGUACCACCAGCACGAUGCGGCUCGCAGUCACCGUCGCGACCAUACUGCUCGCUUUUGUCGCCCAUUCCGCGUGCGGCGUCGAGGAGCUGGACAAGAGGCAGCUCGCACUCAUUGCAAAGGCCGAAAGAAGUAAGCUCGCGCCGGACCUGAUCGAGACGAUACCGCGGGGCAUCUUCGAGGCGCAAUUCAAGUCGGGCGAGAUCGCCAUGGGCAACCACUUCACACCGGAGCAGGCGUCCAGCGCGCCGUCGGGCGUCGACUUCCCGAGAACCGCGGGCAACACGUACGCUAUAGCCAUGCUGGACCCCGACGCACCCAGCAAGUCGGAUCCAAAGUUCCGGCCUAUCCUCCACUGGCUCGUAGUCAACCUGGAUGCGGGAGACACCAAGAAGCCCGUCGACUACAAGAAGGGGACCGAGCUGUUCCAGUACCGCGGUCCCAAGCCUCCGAUGGGAUCGGGACCGCACCGGUACGCCUUCCUGGCCUACAAGCAGUACAGGCCCAUCGAGAUGCCCCGGACGCUGGUCGUGCCGUACGACAAGAGGAAGAACUUCAACAUCACCAAGUUCGCCAUAGAACACCGCUUGGGCAAUCCCAUAGCGAUAAAUUACUUCCUCGCCGAGGAUGCUUACGUGGAUGGAGUAACGCCGCUAGUGUCCUGGUUGACCGCCAUUUGUCUGGCGCUAACCGGACUCCUCUGCCGCGUCAUGGGAAUGUAGAAAUAGAGACUGAACCUGCCAUCUGACGCUCCUAGUGGAGCCUUUCCACGGUGCUGACACGGUGGUUACAAG